UUCUUAUUUAUAGUAUAUCGGAAUAUUUUUCUAGUUUUCAAAGUUUGUAAUGAACAAUUCGUGCAAAUCAGUCUCAAAGCUUCGGAACUCAUGGAGAAAUCACAAUUUAUGUAAAAUUUUUGAAAAAUCAUUGUUGAAAGAUAAAACUCUGAAUUAUGUGAUUCUACAUCGACACAAUUCACAAGCAAUAUGCGUUCACAAGAACCGUGGGAAAUUAUUUUCUAAGAAAUACUGUUUUGGAAGGAAACUCUCAAACUUUCAUCAUGGACCAGAAUAUGGAAGACACAGUUUCAUGGCAGAAGAAGAAAUAACUGAUGAAGCUGCAACAAAAAUACUUCGAGAGCACGAAAUGUCUAUGGUGAUGAAAGAAGAUUUUGACAGCAAGAAUCUGAAUCCUGUUGUUGGUUUCGACUCGAACAUUUUGCCGUCUAAUUCACCACUAGAGGACCGAAGAGCACAAGCAAAGUUCCAUCACAAUACUGAUUUAGGCAUGCUAUUUGGAGUAUUUGAUGGACAUGGUGGGCAUCAGUGUGCUAAUGCUGUUUGUGACCGUUUGUUCAUGUAUCUGGCAUUAGCUUUGCUUCCUCAUAAAGAUUUGAGUGUGACAUUGAGAGAUUUGGAUUCUGGGAAACCUUGGCCUGCGUUGCUUGAAUGGUAUCAACACAGUAAACUACCACCUGGGAAGUCUUUACGUCCCCAUCAAGUGCAACGAUUACGUAGAUUCAUGGAAAAGAGAUUGAGCGGAGAAAUUGUCAUAUCGAAUAUUGAAGAUGCAAUGCAUCAUGUAUGUAUCGAGCUUGACUCAGACAUAUUAAUCGACGCUCAGAAACAAACUGUUUAUAAAAUGUUAAAACAUGCUCGGCCUGACCUUGCAGCCAUCGAUUGUGCAAUGUCUGGUGCCGUGGCAUGUUUUGCUCACAUAUCACAGGACAUUAUCACUGUGGCAAACAUAGGUGACUGCAGGGCAGUUCUGGGAUCAAGAGAUAUGGUCAAGAAGGACAGAUGGAUUGCAACACCACUUUCUCGUAAACACAAUGCAAUGAAUGAGGAAGAAAAACAGCGAAUUUAUUCUGAACAUCCAGAGUUUGAGAGAGGAAACAUAAUUAAGAAUGAGAGAUUGCUGGGGAGUUUGGCCCCAUUCCGAGCAUUUGGUAACGCAAGAUUCAAGUGGCCGGCUAAGACCAUCAACGAAGUUGCAUUUCUAUCAACCGACAGUGACGAUGAUAUAGGAGUGGGCGGGGACUACAGGAUUCCUGACCAAUCAAAUUGGGUCCUCCCAUUCUACAGAUCACCACCAUAUCUCACUGCCAAGCCAGAUAUCAUACAACACGAAAUCCAACCUAACGAUGCGUUUCUGGUCCUUGCAACGGACGGACUGUGGGAGACGAUGCAUAAGCAUUACGUCAUACAACUCAUAGGAGAGCAAAUCGACCGAAUGGAAGGGAAGACAGACAUGAAUAACGCAGACAUAUCAGCUUCAGAUAUUUUAGACACCGACUCUGCAUUUUUCGGCUUUGAGGACACGAACGCGGCGACAAAUAUAAUUCGACAUUGUAUUGGUCAAACGUUCGAUGGUUCGUCCCGUCGCCAAGUCAGAUCAAUGUUAAAUCUGCCGCAGCGCGAAUCUCGGUUUUAUAGAGAUGAUAUAACGGUGACUGUUGUUAAAUUCAAUCCAUUGGGGUGAAUAUUCAUGCUUCACUAGUUUUCAAGGUCAAAGGUCAUCUCAGGUUUGCUUUUGGAACAAGGAAGUAAUUUUAUUUGUAAUCUUAGAAACUUCAAUUUCAAUUAACAAUAUUUUUGUUAUGUAUGAAUUGUUUCAAAUUGAAACAUGUUGUUUCAAAAACUGGCAGAAACACCAGUUAAUCUGCUGGUAUCUAGAUUGGCAAAUGCCUCAGCUCCGAUAUCACUCAAGAGCAACAAAGUCCCAUCUGUGGUUCUUAAUUUAGGAAGAGAAUUUAUUUUUUACCAAAUUUUUUUCACUAUUAAAAUGUUAGCUUUAAUAACAGGCCCUGUUAAACACCAAUUGAAAAUUUCAAUUCAUACCAGGCUACAACCAUUAACUUAUUCAAAGUUUCGACUGUGUCUUUGGGACGGGUAUAAAUAAAAAUAGUUAUUAGUUGGGUCUACGUAAGACCAUACCUGACAUGUCCUUCCUGACUUGUCCUUCUUCUAUGCUAUUGGAAUCGUAUGCAUAUAAUGCAAGGAUGCUGCAGCAAGAAUAAAGUUGACUAUUCUAAAUGAUCCAACAGUCUUGCUACACACUAACAUAAAUGGAUUAUGAUAAAUUAUUGAAAUAUACUCGCAUUAGGAAUUCUAACCUUGGUCCCAUAAUUCAUUUGGUGAUUUUCUCUGAACAUAUUAAUAUAUAUUGUUCUCAAAGUCCUUUAACUACGUUAUAUCAUAUCUUGUAUUACACAUGGCCAUGGAAGAACGGCCACUUUUUUUCCUAUAUCUAACGGUACUAAAAGUUCACGAGAGUUCUAUCUGCGUCUUUUUUGUUUAAUGCAUUGUGUGGCAAACUGUGACUAAACAAUAACUUUGUCAAGCUUAGGAUGGGGUUUCAUAUUAAACCCAAAAAUGAGGAAAGCUGAAUGAUUUUAAUCGUGAAUUGAACCUUUAAGGAAUUAAAAUUAAAUUAAUGAGUUAAAUUAAAUAAUUAAAAAUGCCAGAAUUAUAAAAUUAUCCAAUCACCUAACCUUUAUUUGCUUCCUAACCGCUCUUUCGUAAAAUUCUUGUAUCGCUGUCAACUUGAGUUGGUUGAAGUCAUGUGUUUUUGCCUGCGAUUCCUCUGAGUAUGCCGUUAAAAUACUGGAGACUUUGUUGCGGGUAAACUCGCUUGAAAUAGUUUGAAAUACAUUCUAUUUUGUUACCCUCCCCAACUGACAACAUUUAUUGCAUCACAAAUUCUAAUUGCAAAACUUAUACUAAUAUAUAAAUACACACAUUUUUAAUAUUAUUGUUUGCGAACAAUGUCUCUGCAUAAUAUUAUAAUUUUUCUUUGAAAAUUUAA